AUGGCCUGUCUUGGACCCAAGUGCUCAAUAUACUACAUGCUUAUAAGUGCGUGGGGUGUUGUAAUGCUGGCCUUUUUGGGACUGUUCUUCAAAAUCAGAUGCCCAGCCUUAUUUGAGGACCUAAAGAUGACAGAGGAAGAGUGGGAGCAUCACAACUUUACCAUAGAUUUUGUGCAAGAGAAAUAUGAUGACAGUGCCAUUAACUGCUGGAUAGCUGCAGGAAUUUAUGCUGUCCUCUUUAUCUUUGCUUUCAUACAACAGAGACUGAACGCAAGACAGAGCUACGAGACGUCAUAA